UACAAGCAGGGUUUGAAUUUAGCCGGGCCGAUCAGAAUUCCAAGAAGGAAAUAAUAUUUGAAACAAAUAUUCAUUUGAAAUAUAUAUACAGUAUAUAUAUAUAGUGCACAAGAAGACCAGGAAUGUGCAAAAGGUGAAUGGGGUUGCAUGUUGACUUUAAAACAUACUGUAACUGUAUCUAUGACUUUAAAGAUGCUUGCGGGGAAAAGGUGGAAUUAAUUUUUGGGUGAAUCUUCAAAAAAACCUGAAAAAGUCAGAAAAACACUAAAUGGACCUUUUUUUGUAUAAUUCGGCAAUAUUUUGUGAGGUUUAAUCACAUUGGUGUUUUCACAGGUGGUAGCACUUCAAUAAUCAAAACAUACACCUCCUAAUGAAGAUAUUUUGUAUUAUAAUGUUUUCAUUACACCUAACCAAUGAAACAAACAGCACUCUUGGUUAAAGCUAAAUGUAAUAUUUCUACUACAGCAGUACAUACUAGUCAUUUUGCUUUGGGACAUAUUUCCAAGUGGAAAAAUUCUAAAUCAUAAGAGCUUUAUUGCCAAGUGUUCUUGCACACACAAGGAAUUUUCUUUGGUGUUGAAAGCUUCUUGUACAGACAUUCAACACAAUGACAAUACAAUAUAAUACGAUUUACAGUCUAAAAGAUUCUAAAUAAACUAUAAUUGUGCAUGCUCUGGGGGUUAAAUAACAUGUUCUUUGUCACUUAAUUCUCAAGUAACUCUCUUGAACUAAUAUUUCAGCUGUUUUCAGCAUUUUGCUGCAACACGCAAACUGUGCAAAAUGGCAGCGUUUGCAAAAUGCUUUAAAACAAAUAGGAAGUAAAUCAGCUGUGCUGGCAAGUACCACGACCUUAAAUAAAGAAAUAAAUUCAGUUUGGACAGAAAGAAAACAAAGGAUAUUUUUGUGACAUUAAGAAAACUGUAAAACCGUUGAAAAAGAAAAACUGAUGUAAUCUGUAAAUCGCUUUGGAUAAAAGCGUCCUGCUAAAUUACUAAAUGUAAAUGUAAAAAAGUAGAAUGUGUUUUUCUUGUCAGGCCAGCCAAGCUUGAUAUCACAUACUGUCCGUCCAGUGUACUUUAUUUUACUACUAUUUUGUGUCCCAUGUAGCCAGCGUUGAACAUUUGUGUAUGACUGAAUAUUUUCAGAAGGUUGAGGUGAAGGACCUCACGUUGUACUGAGAUGUUUCUAUUCACAAGCUUAAACAAUCUUUGAGGAACUGAAAGAAAUCUUAGGAGGGGCCCAUUAAAUUUAGCUAAGUGGUUUAUGAUGAUCUAUCCGAAGGGUGUCGCCUAAAACUGCAUAUAAAACCAUAAACGGUUAUUUUGGAGCAUAAAGAGGACAAGACACAGAUACUCAAGAACAGAAUGACGGAUGAAAUGGCGAUUUUUGCUGACUGGAUGUCUAACCUGAAUGAGAAAUUCACCGAAAUCCCUUUGAGCCAACUCGCUAUUCCAGGGAGUCAUGAUGCCAUGGCAUACAGCUUAGAUGUGGAUUCUUCAGUGUUGGAACCAAAAAAAUUGAAGUCCUUGGACAAAAUGUUUAGCUGUUGCUUAAGGCCUAUUGUGAAAAAAUGGGGCACUGCUCAGGACAAGACCGUCUCUGAGCAACUUGAGGCUGGUGUGCGAUACUUUGAUCUGAGGGUCGCUGGGAAGUCCGAAUCCAGUGAUUUAUUCUUCUACCAUGGACUAUAUACAAUAAUGACAGUCAAGGAGGGAAUGACUGAAUUGGCGACAUGGUUAAGACAGCACACAAAGGAGGUGGUGAUACUUGCUUUCUCACAUUUUAAAGAAAUGUCAGACAGUCAACACAGUGACCUGACCGGCUUUCUUAAAGAGCACUUUAAAACCAAACUCUGCCCCAAGACUCCAAUGCCCUCGCUCAAGGCCUGCUGGGGAAAUGGCUAUCAGGUUGUCCUCUCUUAUGACAAAAGUGGCGUCAAUGAUGAUCCAUUCCUGUGGCCUCGAAUCGAGUACUGGUGGGCUGAAAACUCAGACCCCAAAGAAGUCAUUUCAUACCUCAAUAACCAAAAACUACAGGGCAGACCAGAAGGAUUUUUUGUCGCUGGUCUUAACCUGACUUUUGAUGGGAAUGACAUGCUCCUGUACCUUAUGAAGUCUUUGAAAGAGAAGACCAUGUCUGCUUACCCUCUGUUGCUUGACUGGGUAAAGGAGCAACAUCCGGGUUCUGAUAGAGAAAACAUCAACAUUAUUGCUGGAGAUUUUGUUGGGGUGAACAGCUUCGUUCAGGAUGUCAUUCGGCUCAACAGUGCUGACAAUAGUUCAUGAAAAUCCAACUGACUAACACUGUCCAAAUAAAAAGAAUUAAAAUAUAGCUAUUUAGCACACGUUACUAGACUGCAUUCAUUGUUUGCAUUAUUAGAUUUAUUCUGGUUAGUUCAGUGUUUCUCAACCGGGAGGACAUGAUCCAUUACAGCCUCAACAAACGUCCAAAUAAAAUGAAACACAACAAGCAUUAAAGUGAUAGUUCACCCAAAAAUGAACAUUCUUUCAUCAUUUACUCACCCUCUUGUCAUUUCAAAACUUUAUGACUUUCUAUCUUUUGCAGAACACAUAAGAAGAUAUUUUGAAGAAAGUUGGUAACCGAACAGCACUGGAUCCCAUUCACUUCUAUUGUAUGGACACAAAACCAAUGGAAGUAAAUGGGGUCCAGUUAACUUUUUUUUAAAUAUCUUCUUUUGUGUUCUGCGGAAGAAAGUAAGUCAUACAGGUUUGAAAUGACAAAAGGGGGAGUAAAUGAUUUUUGGGUGAACUAUCCCUUUAAAACAAUUUCGUAAUGUCAUUUUUAUAGCAAAUAUACAUCUUUUAACUUGCCAAGCUCUUAAAUAUUUUAAUCAAUGAGUUGUAGAGAUCCACUGUUUUGGACAGCCCGAACAAUUUAUAAUGGUUGUCACAAGGUUUUGUCAAAAUGCUUAGUUUAAAAAGUUAUUUAACUGUAAAAGUGUACAAGAAACCUUUAAAACUGUUUCAGACAUUUUUUAUUCCUUUAUCAUUUUAGUGGUAGCUGAUACCAGUUAAUUGAAGGCAGUUUAACUGUAUUUUGAGGGACACAUUGGUGGUUACUAUGGUUAACUCUUGUGAACUGUUUUACUUACUUCUCAAAUGGCAAACGUCUUGGAACUGAAAUAAACUUUAUUACA